CACUGACGGGCACUGAUAGGCGGCACUGAUGCACACUGAUAGGCGGCACUGACUGGCACUAAUAGGCGGCGCUGACUGGCACUGAUAGGUGGCACUGAUUGGCACUGAUGGAUGACACUGAAAGGCAGCUCAGAUGGGCACUGAUAUGUGGCAUUGAUGUGCACUGGUGGGCACUGAAAUGUGGCAGGUGGCAUGGAUGAACACUGACAGGUGGCACUACUGGGACUACACAGAUCAUCAGGGAACACUGAUCAUCACUGUCAGCGUGACAGCUCACGGGGAGAGAAAUGCAGAUAACUGGCAU